AUGAGCGAGUGUUUCGAUCAUUUUUCCUCGUUUCAACUUUCUUUCAAAGACGUGAAAGUUAAGUUAAAGGAAGAAAUGUAUUCUCCAGAUAAAAUGAUGAACGGGAAACCAAUUCAUCCGCCCAUAACAGCAUCCGGUGGAUGCUUUUCUGGAAGAUAUUCUCCGACUUACCGUUCUCCGGAUCCGAUGCGACGGUGCAUGCCAAAUCCGUCGCAGCAGCCGAAAAACUGGAAAACAAAAAAUUGUUUAUCUAUAAUGAUAUAA